GGCGCCUCUGACCCGGAGCGCGCCACCCCAACAGAGGGAUCACGAGACGGCCUGCCGCGCCUUGUCCCGUUGCUCUUGCUCCCUACGUUCUCCUGCGCCCCGAACGCCACUUUCGCGCGCGUCUGCACACGCCAUUUCCCAUCACUCAUCGUCGUCAUCCUCAGCGCUCUUCUGUCGCUCCCGUGCCCGUCGUUGUUCUUGGCGUGCGAGAUGGACGCGGGGAGCGCCGGCGACGGCGAGGCGGGGCGGCAGGAGGGGACGCCUCCCUCCGGCGCGCCGACGGGCCCCGCGGCGCCGUUCGGCAGGUCGUCGUCGUCGUCGGGUCUCGGCGCGAAGGGCGGCGCAGCACCCCAGAGCUUCGACGGCGCGCUCAGAGAGCUCAAGGAUCUGCAGUCGCAGUUGCACCAGGCGGCGGACUGCUGCGAGAAGGCGUUCCUCGCCACCGAGGAGAAGAGGCUAAUCCUGGACAGUACAAAGAGCUACAUCUGCAACGCGGUAGUGGCAGUGAUUGAUCAUCUGGGGACCGUUUCAUCCAAGCUUGAGCACCAGCUGGAGGACAAGACUGAGAUCAUGCAAACAGAGCAGAAGAUCAGCUUCCUGAAGCAGAGGCUCUUGACAUGCGAACAGUAUGCAAUUUCUCUCCAACUAUUGGCCGUUCGUGCGGACGCUGGCGCCGUUCAAUAUCAUCGCCGUUACCUUUCCCAAUCUACUGAAAGAAACAACCAGGAAAAUGUUGCCAAGUCAAGCAGAGAUGACCCAGAAGAACCCCUCAAGCUCAAUAGCACAGUGGCGCCAGGAGCUACUCGCACUCUGAAGCCAUAUGAUGCUGAAUCAACCAUCGGGAGGGAGCAUGCCGUGGCGGGUGCAGACGGUGGAAACCCAGCAUCCACAGCGAGGUCAUUUUCCUUCAGAGCAGAGGAUGUUCACGUUGCUGCAGGGGGUCAUCACAGGAAGAAGAAAGGCAGCCAUGGCAGCAACAUCAUGUCAUUUCUCAAAAGAAGCAAGCGACAUGCGUAACGGUGAAAAGAGCCAUAGUUUUUGCCAGCCAUCCGAAUGUCCAUUGUUCUGUAACAGGAAUGUAUACAUGUUUGAGUUCUGCUCCGGUGCACGCAUGUGCAGACGUGCAGUCAAUUGAAAUUCAGGGUCGAGCUGAAACAUUCAUUCCGCAUCGAGGAGAAGCACGCAUGUUCAUUUCA